AGCGUCAGCUCACAUUAAAUCUUUCAGCGACUCUUAUAGAUUGUGCAGUUUAAUUUAGAUGUAUUUUUAAACAUCUCACCAUUGUGUUAGUGUGAGAGAGCUCAGGAAGAACAGAAAGACCGGAAGAGUUUUACUACAAUGAAACGAAUACUGGUCCUGAUGCUGCUCGCGCUCGAGCUCUCCUGCGUGCGCGCGCACAGAGUGAAUAAGCACAAGCCGUGGAUCGAGAGCUCAUACCACGGCGUCAUCACAGAAAACACAGAUGUGGUUCUUCUGGAUCCUCCUUUAGUGGCUCUGGACAAAGACGCACCUGUUCCAUUUGCAGGUGAAAUCUGUGGCUUUCACGUGCAGGGUGUCAGUGCGCCGUUCGAGGCUGUGGUUCUGAACCGCACGUCCGGAGAGGGCCGUCUGCGAGCGCGUGAACCGAUCGACUGUGAGCGUCAGAGAGAGUUCACCUUCAUCAUUCAAGCACGUGACUGUGGCACAGGACCAGAGGGACACGGAGAGAAGAGAUCACACAAGGCUGUGGUGCAUGUGCAGGUGGGAGAUGUGAAUGAGUUUUCUCCGGUGUUCGGUCAGUUGGAGUAUCACGGCUCGGUGAUGGAGGGAAAAGUGUAUGACAGUGUUCUGCAGGUGCAGGCGUCAGACCAGGACUGCUCUCCACAAUACAGCCAGAUCUGCAACUACCAGAUCAGCUCUCAGGACACAGCCUUCGCUAUAGACCGCAACGGUAACAUCAGGAACACAGAGAGCCUGAGCUUCGAUAAGAAGUCACAUUAUAAAAUCUAUGUGACAGCGUUUGACUGCGGUCAGAAGAGAGCAGCGCAGGACGCUGUCGUACACAUCCAUGUCAAACCCGUCUGCAAACCUGGAUGGCAGGGCUGGAGCAAGCUCAUUGACUAUGAACCAGGAACAGGUAGUAAGCUGUUAUUUCCCAAGAUGCACCUGGAGACGUGUGUGGGAUGGGUGUCAUGGAUCAGGAGCACAGUGGAGCUGGAGCCGAGCGGUUCUGGGAGAGGCUGUGACAGACAGUCUCACUCUGAGAGAGCCUUACAGAAGCUCUGUGGAGCUUCAUCGGUCAGCACAGAUCUUCUGCCGGCCCUCAGCGGUGUUUUUAAUUGGACGGCGACUCUUGUGGCGGAUGGCGGCCGGGACAGUGACCUCUCAUACCGCUUUGAUGGCCAUCAAGCUGCCAAGAUCCCAGACUGGGUCGUCCCGCAGAAUCUAACCCAUCAGUUCACCAUAACCACAUGGAUGAAGCACGGCCCGAGUCCAGGACAGAGAGCCGAGAAAGAAACGCUGCUCUGCAACUCUGAUAAAACAGAGAUGAACCGGCACCAUUACUCUCUGUAUGUGCAUAACUGCAGGCUGGUUUUCCUGCUGAGGACGGACUACACUCAGACAGACUCCUUCAGACCGGCUGAAUUCCACUGGAAAUUAGAACAGAUCUGUGAUAAGGAGUGGCAUUAUUACGUCAUCAGCGUUGAUUUCCCGGUGGUGACUCUAUAUGUGGAUGGCGUGACCUAUGACCCUUACCUGGUGACCGAUGACUGGCCCAUCCACUCCUCUCAGAUCGACCUGCAGCUGACUGUAGGAGCCUGCUGGCAAGGUGGUGAGGUCUCUAAAGCAAAGUUUACGCAGUAUUUCCGAGGCAGUUUGUCUGGACUGACGAUACGAUCUGGGAAGAUUGCAAGCCAGAAGAUCAUCUCCUGUCUACAGGCCUGCAAAGAAGGGCUGGACAUCACCUCACCGGAGAGCCUCGGACAGAGGAUCAAGUUUCAUCUGAAUCCCGCUCAGUCUCUGGUGGUGAUGGAGGGAGAGGAUCUGGAGCAGAUGAACGCUGCACUGAGGAAAGUUUCUUACAUCAACUCUCGGCAGUUUCCCACCAAGGGAGCGCGUCACCUCCGGAUCUCGACGGCAGUGCAGUGUUUCGGAGAGGAUGUAUGUAUUUCUGUCCCUGAUAUUGAGACAGCUGUCAUGGUGAUCCAGCCUAGUGAACCACGCAUCAUAAUUACUGGGGCGGAGCACCUGACAGUCCCCGCCUCCAACCUUGCCCUCGGCCUAUCCCUGUUCAGAGAUUUGCAUAUCAUCAGCACAGUUCCAAAAAGCACAGAACAGACAAACACAGAUCACAGGUCAGGUGCAUUGAAGGACACUGCACAUAAUCUGGACUACUGUGACAUCGUGGUGUUGGGGGAGGAGUUAAGGGCGGGGCUAGAGAGUCUGGAACUGCACCGCAGCGCUUUAUUGGGCAAACACCUGGAAUACGCCAACUCUAGCACCGGCAUGUCCAUAUACGGAGUGGACUCUGUUCGUCACUACACAGAGGUGAUCAGACAGGUGCGUUAUCAGAGCAGUCAGACUCUCGACUCCGUCCGCUCCUUCAGACUCACCUGUUCUGAGCUCAGCGGACCCUACACCAGCGAUCAGUAUACAUUACAGGUCAACAUCCUUCACAGUGAGGAAGCUAUUGAACAUGUCAAUCAUGCGAUGGCUCCGCCCAAAUACAUGCAAAUUAUUCAUCCUACAGUCACAGAAUAUAACGGCUACAGCUUAGUUGUACCAGCGGUUGCUACUGCAGUCAUUGUGGUGUGUAUCGCCGCCCUGCUGGUGGUGCUCCUCAGUGUUUACUACCUCAACCAACCACAAAACCAACAGCACAUUCACACACACACACUGCCAGAGAAACAGGCGGACUGUGACAGACCCUCUGUCUCCAUCACCGUCAACCCUCUGGAGAGCUUUCAGGAGCUUCAGUCAGCAGAAGAAGUAACUGAGGAGGAAGAGGAAGAUGAGGAAGACGACGGUGAUAUCUCUACUACAGAAUCAGACAGUGAUGAAGAGGAAACCAGCAUGUCUUCCUCCAUACAUCAUCAGACCAGGGUGCAAUGGGGAACAUCAACAUUUCACUGCUGAAAACACAACGCUCUACCUGUAGCAUUCUAUAGUGACCUGCAAUACAAGUGAGCUGACGUGCAAACACACUUCGAAAGACUUCGAAACAGCUCUGAUCCUUUGUGAUAGUUUUGGUGUGAGAUGACCAAUGAAUAAAAGUCCGUCUUUUCCCUUUACACUCUCUGUCUCUACCGCUGGAGGACAAUAACAGAAUGAGAGACAGUGAGGUCACAGAAGAACCUCGAGCAGCCUCCUGUUCAGGAGUUUGAUAAAGAGAGACUCAUUUUGAGGUCUCUACAGUGCAUCUUAUUUUCUCCCAGAUAGCACACGUACGUCUGUUAAAGAUCUCUUCAUCUGAAAAGCAUCUCAUGUGUCAAACACCUGAUAGACAUCUCUAAGAUGUCAGUUUUACAUACAUUUUAAAUCAUGAACAUUUUAAAUACAUCUUGUAAACGUCUAUAUGACAUCUGAUAAGAAACAUUGUGUGGACGUAUGUCUUGCAGAUGUAAAUGCAGACGUCAAAUUGUACUCAAACAGUACAAAUAGUACUGUUACUUACAAACAGUAAACAUUUUUUAAUGUUUUAAAGCAUAAUCUUCUGCUCACCAAACAUGCAUUUAUUUGACCCAAAAUACAGCAAAAGCAGUAAUAUUGUGAAAUAUUUUUACGGUUUAAAAUAACAGCUUUCUUUUUUAAUAUAUUUUAAAAUGUAAUUUAUUCCUGUGAUCGAAGCUGAAUUUUUAGCAUCAGUCUUCAGUGUGACAUGAUCCUUCAGAAAUCAUUCUAAUAUUCUGAUUUUAUUAUUAUUUAAAACAGUUGAGAAGCUGCUUUUUCCCUUCAGGUUCAUGAAUAGAAUACUGAAUAGAAACCUGAAGAAUUCUACUGAGCUGUUUUCAAAAUAAUAAUUGUUUUAUGUUUCUUGAGCAGGAAAUCAGAAUAUUAGAAUGAAUUCUGAAGGAUCAUGCGACACCGAAGACUGGUGUAAUGAUGCUGAAAAAUCAGAUCUGAAAUCACAGGAAUAAAUUCAAUUUGAAAAUACAUUCAAAUAGAACGCAGUAAUUCUAAAUGGUAAAAAUAUUGCACAAUAGUACUGCUUUCGCUGUAUUUUGGAUCAAAUAAAUGUAGUCUUGGCGAUUUAAUCUUACUUUUCAAAAACUUUUGACUGCUAGUACAACAGCAGAUGCUUUCCAGAUGAAUUGAUCUUUAACAGACAUCUUGCAGACGUUUAAAUGUGAAAUGAUCGGACAUCCAUAAUAAACCUGAAACCCGACGUCCUUGAAAAUAUUUUUCUUUUUAAAUCCGUACGUGCUUCUUUUUAAGUGUCGUCUUACUCCAUCGGUCUCUCUUGUGUGUAACAUGUGGUACAUUUGUGUGCGAGUGGUUUAGUAAAUGACUUUUCUCUCGUUACAAGUGCUAUUGAAUGUGUUAUAUGUGUUUGUACAUCUUACCGACUCAAUUUGCUCCUUUCUGUUGCACUUUCUCCACAUGGGUCAAUAAAAACGAGUCUCCUAA